ACUCUUCAACAAAAAUGGAUGUUAACGUUGGAUCACAAGAUAUGAAGGUAGUCAACCGGAUAAUGCUAAGAUUCCGGCCAAUCGCACCUAAACCGGUUACCGACGGUUCAGAAACUGGUUCUAAACCGGAGGACAUCAAGAAUGAACCGGUUACUAAACCGAGAAGGAAGAGAAAGUACGUUAGAGUUAAGAAAAAUAGCAACUGUAACAAUAUUAUUGAAGAAGAAGAAAGGAAAGAUGGAUCUGUUGUAACCCUUCAGUUGCUUCCGGAGAGUAGCAGUAGCAGCGCGAACUUUCAAGAUAACGGAGCUUUACAAAAUGAAAUCAGUUUCUCUCACAAGUAUGAUAAUAAUGGUAUCUUAGCCAUCAGUUCGCCGGAUCAAUUCGAUCUGAAGGUAGCGAUGCAAACACCAAGAAUGGUGGAGUCUUGGGUGAUGGUGGAUGGAAUGACAAAAACAUUUGCAGAUGAAGACGCUUUGUUAGGAAGUACGGACAUGGAGAAGAUGAAGAAUCUCGAGACGGACACGUGUCCAGGAUUGAUAUCGGAUGGCUUAGGUUUUGUGCAGUGGGUUAAUCCGGCAUAUCGGAGAAUGGUGGCAGAUGGAGGACCAACAUCGGAGAUGGUGGUGAGGUUGGUUAUGAAGGAAAAAAUUGUAAGUGAGGAAUUGCCUAGAGCAUUUGCAUGCAGUGUAAGGGUAGUAUAUUCAUCGCUGAAUUCGAAGCAAUCACGAAUAAUGCCGUGUGAUGUGUGGAAAAUGGAGUUUGGAGGGUUUGCAUGGAGGUUUGAUUCUAAGGCUGCACUUAGCUUGGGUCGUUGAAGGAACA